AGACCCAGUGCCAGCCUGGCUCACAACAAACGUCAACAAUGCGCGCGCUUCUCUUAAUCUGUUUAUUCUUUGUUGGUUCCUCGUGGACCCACGAAACCACGGCCGACGAACCGCUAGGAUGGCAUCAGAAAAUUGGCAUCAAAAAUGCUGAGAGGAUCAAACAGUUGGAAGAUCCUACACGAAGUGGUCGCAUCGUCGGAGGAGCUAUAGCACCUAUCUCCGCUCAUCCUUAUCUCGCCGGACUCCUCAUUGAUAUCGUUGGAUUCUCUUCACCAUCAGCCUGUGGAGGGUCACUACUUUCUCAAAAUAGAGUCCUGACUGCGGCUCAUUGCUGGUUCGACGGUUUUAACCAAGUACACCGAAUCACCGUCGUCCUGGGCUCACAAUUCCUUUUCCAUGGAGGCGUAAGAGUACCUGCAUCUGCUAUUGCCGUAUUCCCAACCUAUGACUGGAGAACAUUCGCCAACGAUAUUGCAAUGUUAUAUUUGCCAGUUCAAGUUCCUCUUGCUUUUGAUAUCCAGCCGAUAGCUCUGCCAUCGGGGCCGCUCUUACACAUGGAUUAUACUAACCAGACAGUCAUUGCUGCAGGAUACGGACGGUAUUCGGACGUGACGAACCCCACCACAAAUACCAUGGCUAGAAAUGUCGAGCUGGAAGUGAUACCCCUACAGACAUGUCGGUCAUUCUAUGGAGAUUUAGUGCUUGAUUCGAACAUAUGCACGAACGGAUACGGGCAGGUUGGUAUUUGCCAAGGCGACUCUGGUGGACCAUUGACAAUGAAUGUUCAAGGACAGCAAGUUCUAAUCGGCGUGAGUUCAUUUGUAGCUCGUGAUGGAUGUGAAUUAGGAUAUCCUUCCGCCUUCGCAAGAGUGGGCAGUUACAUCGACUGGAUUCGGGUACAGUUAUAAAAACAACAAUAUUGGUAAAGAAACAAUCAGAGGCUUUGGUGUUCGUUCAUACUGCAUCGGAUGGAAAACAUAGAAUGACACUGGAUUCUUUAUUGCAUUAAAUAUUGUAAUCAUGAAGUUUGUUCAAUUAAUCUAUAUGUUCUGUGCACGUUGUGAGUGAGAAGCGUAGAAGGCUGUGCUUAUGUAUCGUAUAGCUGCUUUGUUAUUGGUACUUAAAUUAUGAUGUAAUUUCAUCAAUUCAAGAUUAUUAUAAGAACGUUUAGAUUUUGACAUUAUUCACUCAUUUUGUAAAUUAGGUUUGGUUAUGGAAAUGUGAACCUAAAUUCGUAAGUUUAAAACUUUCCAACGUUUGACUCGUUCGGGACAGAAGAUAAAGCGCUGUGGCGGCCGCCAAUAUGUCAGAGAUCCAUAUCAAUUGCGACCAAAGAGCAGGGGCUGGAGAUAAUAAAAUGUUCAAUGUUAAAAUAUAAAA